CACCUUGCCCGUCCACAUCGACGAACCGCCUGCACUACCACCCCUUGCUACAGGCCCCGACAACACUGAUUGCGCCUAGAAGCAGACCUGCGAUCGUACCUUUUUUCCGAAUACGAAGUGUCUGCUCUUGCCGCACCAGCGGCUUCCUGCGCCCAGCCGAAUCUGAAAUAGCCAACCCAACCCACGCCCUGCAGGAGUCCAGAAAGUCCCUCACCAUGGCGAACAUAAACUGGCGGACGAUAAACGUCGACGCAUACGACCCGGAGUCGGCGCUGAACUUUCCCAUGACCACACUUCUCCCCGCCAACCUUCCUGCGCCCUCCACAUCCGCCGAGUCAGCCCAGAUAGGCCAACAAGUCCGUCAACUUCUCCGCGCAGGCGACAGUCUAGGAGCCCUACAAUCUGCGCUCGAGACCGCCCCUCUCGCCGGCGACGAAUCCUCAAAGCAGGUACACCUUAGCACCGUCCUGGAAGUACUGCAAGGCAUCCGGCAGAGCGACGUAAGCAGGAUAUUGAACGAAAUGCUCAAACAACCUGGCGGAACGGCCCUGGGCGAUACACUGAUGAAAUACAUUUACAAAGGCAUGGCGAGUGGAGCGGGCGGGAGUGGUGGCAAAGGCAUGAGUCCCCAGGCGACAGGGUCCGGGUUCACUCAAAUACAGGCGAGAAACUUCGGAGAAGGUGGUGGCGGGCAGGUCAUGAGCGUGCUCCUCAGCUGGCAUGAGAAGUUGACGGAGGUUGUAGGCGUCGGAGGGAUCGUCAGAGUCAUGUCUGAUCGAAGGACGGUAUGAGAAGCUGGAAAGUGGCAAUGUUUUUUGCUUUCUACAGAAACGCUCAAGAUCAGAAUACGAAAAGGUGGAUCGAUGUCCGAGGAAGACCUUCUUCCCAAGUCUGCCAGGCAGGAUAGACCAGCCAACUCAAGCGGCCUGCGGAUGAUAUUGUAUGACUUCCAACAAUAAAAAUGCAUCCUGGGGUAUCGAAAAGGUCACGCCUGAUAUGUGCCUCAACUCCAUCCGGCUAGCAAAAGACUUGUUCAACAAUCAACCCUCCCAAUCCCAAUGACCAUCCAAUAACUCAACUCCCUCUU